AUGAGUGGAUCAAAUAGACCUUUUUUAAACAACGAUUUGCCCAAUGAUCACGAUGAUGAUUCUUUUGAAAUAGGGAGAGAUGAUUUAGAUCAAUCCCAUACAAAUUUUGGAUUUUUAAGAUCAGGAAGACCUUCAACUUCAUCUUCACAUUUGAAUUUGAAAUAUCUUUUGGAUUCACCUAAAAAAGUUACAAAUUCAGUUAUGUAUUUUUAUAAUGAAAAAUUAAUACCCAAUAUUGGACUUUUAUUUAUAAUUUUAUCACAAUUUUUCAAUUCAAUUAUGGUUGUUGCAACUAAAUUAUUAGAAACAGAUCCUGAAUUUACAGAACCAAUCCAUCCUUUCCAAAUCUUAUUCGUUAGAAUGAUAAUUACAUUUGCUGGUUGUUAUGCUUAUUUGAAAUAUAUCAAAAAAGAUGUAGAAAUCUUUGGACCAAGAGAAGUUAGAUGGUUAUUAGUAUUAAGAGGUAUUGUUGGAUUCUUUGGUGUUUUUUCAAUGUAUUAUUCAUUAAUGUAUCUAACAGUUUCAGAUGCAGUUGUUAUAACAUUUUUAGUACCAAGUGUCACCGGAUUUUUAGCAUGGGCAAUUUUAAGAGAAAGAUGGACUUUAGUCGAAGCAUUAGGUGGUUUAGUUUCAUUAUUUGGUGUUUUAUUAAUUGCAAGACCAACUUUCCUUUUCGGUGAAAGAUCAUCUUCAGGAAAUGAUAAUCUUGAAACUUCAAAUCCAGAAGAAAGAUUAGUAGCUACAAUGGUUGCAUUAGUUGGUGUCUGUGGUGCAAGUGGUGUUUAUAUUGUUAUUAGAAAAAUUGGUAAAUCAGUUCAUUCUCUUGUAACUGUUGAAUAUUUUGCUGCUUUAUGUGUUAUCAUUUCAUUAGGUGGUAUUAUAAUUGUACCAGGAUUAUCUUUUAGAAUCCCACAUACUAGCAGACAAUGGUUCUUGUUUUUCGCAUUAGGGAUUAGUGGUUUUUGUAUGCAAUUUUUAUUAACUGAAGGAAUUCAACGUGAAAAGGCAAGUAGAGCUUCUGCGAUGCUUUAUACACAAAUGUUAUAUGCUAUAAUUUGGGAAGUUAUAAUAUGGCAUCAUUUCCCAAAUAUUUGGUCUUGGUUAGGUAUUAUAAUUAUUUUAGGAUCUGCAUUUGCAGUUAUUUAUUAUAAACCAAAAGAAAUUAAGAUUGAUGAUAACGAAAAUAAUUAUUCUGUUUUAAGUAAUCAUGAUGAUUCAAGUUUAGAUCAAUCACCAGUUAUUAGAAGAACUCGUUCAAAUACUAGUGGUAUUUCAUUAGAUGAUUAUGAUGAAAAUGAUCGUAAUCAUUAA